AUGAGCAGUUUCAGUAAAACUCCAGGAUUCCUGAACUCUCCCAUCCCCCCAAUCAUCAGAACCAAGAACCUCACUCAGCCCCCAAUGGCAGAGCAUCCAACACAGCUGAUCAGAACACUAGAUCCACAGGACAACUCAGAGGGAUUAAGGUGGGCACUCAGCUUUGAGAAAAAUUCAAAAUAUGAGACCCAAUUCACCACCCGGGAAGGUCUGUACAAGCUGCUGCCGCAUUCGGAGUACAGCCGGCCCAACCGGGUGCCUUUCAACUCGCAGGGAUCCAACCCUGUCCGCGUCUCCUUCGUAAGCCUCAACGACCAGGGUGGCAACGGCGACCGCCUCUGCUUCGAUGUGGGCCGGGAGCUCUACUUCUGUAUCUACCAGGGGGUCCGCAAGGCUGCUGACUUGAGUAAACCAAUAGAUAAAAGGAUAUACAAAGGAGCACAGCCUACUUGUCAUGACUUCAACCACCUAACAGCCACAGCAGAAAGUGUCUCUCUCCUAGUGGGCUUUUCCGCAGGCCAAGUCCAGCUUAUAGACCCAAUUAAAAAAGAAAUUAGCAAACUAUUUAACGAGGAAAUGGCAAGUUCUUAGCGUGCGUGA